AUGGUCGUCCGGUCCCUCGAAGUGGAUAAAGACCCAUUUAGACCCAAAGAUGAUAAUGAAGAAAUGUUAGGGCCAGAAGUUCCCUAUCUGAGCACCAUUGGAGCACUUCUUUAUCUCGCAAAUUGCACCAGGCCUGAUAUUGCAUUUGCGAUGAACUUGCUAGCAAGCGCCGGCCGGUGGUUGGGAACCCUAGCGGCGGCGACGAUCUACGUGAUGAGGGUUUACUUCGUGCAGGGAUUCUAUAUCAUAUCGUACGGUCUCUCGAUCUACGUGCUGAAUCUCUUGAUAGGGUUUCUGUCGCCGAUGGUGGAUCCGGAGAUCGAGGCGCUGGAUGGGGCGUCGCUGCCGAUGAAGGGGUCCGAUGAGUUCAAGCCCUUCAUUCGCCGGCUCCCCGAGUUCAAGUUCUGGUACUCCAUAACAAAAGCUUUCUGUGUGGCAUUUCUGAUGACCUUCUUCUCGAUAUUUGAUGUUCCAGUAUUCUGGCCCAUACUUCUUUUCUACUGGAUCGUUCUUUUUGUUCUGACCAUGAAGCGCCAAAUUCUACACAUGAUCAAGUACAAAUAUGUCCCCUUCAGCAUUGGGAAGCAGAGAUAUGGCGGGAAGAAGGCUUCACCGUCAAGUUCCAGGGACUGAUCACUAGCAGGAAGGAGAGAGAGGGGAUCACGGAAGUUCGGGAGGAAACAUUAGUUGAUGUAGUGUGGAUAUCCUACUAAUAUGAAAAUAUUCAUCAAUUUUAAUUUAGACAUCGAAAUGUAUGUUGAAAGAAAAGUUCAGCUUAUUUUGGUUGGUCGUGGGGAAGGUCUUGAAGAUGAAUUUAAUACAACCGUGCAAUUUCCAUUUA